AUGCAACUCCACUCUUCGCUACUAAAUCUCCGCUCCCUUCACCUCCGUGUCCGCCACUCCCUGACUUCCACCGUCCGACACUUCAUGGCCGCCGCCGAGCUCAUAAGCCCAUCAAACACGCGUGUGGGCUGGAUCGGCACGGGCGUCAUGGGUCACUCCAUGUGCGCCCACCUCAUCCGGGCCGGCUACACCCUCACCGUCUUCAACCGCACCGCUUCCAAGGCCCAACCUCUCGUCGCCCUCGGGGCCCACUUAGCCCCCUCCCCCCACGCCGUCGCCGCCCAUUCCGAUGUCGUCUUCUCCAUCGUCGGCUAUCCCUCCGACGUCCGUUCCGUCCUCCUCCACCCAACCUCCGGCGCGCUGGCCGCCCUCCGCCCCGGCGGCGUCCUCGUAGACAUGACCACCUCGGAGCCGUCCCUCGCCGUCGAAAUCGCGGCGGCAGCUGCAGCCAAAGGCUGCCACUCUGUCGACGCCCCCGUGUCCGGUGGCGACCGCGGCGCGAAGAACGGAACACUAGCGAUCUUCGCCGGCGGGGAAGAAUCCACGGUGAAGAAUCUGGAACCCCUGUUUUCACACUUGGGGAAAGUGAACUACAUGGGAGGGAGUGGGAAGGGGCAAUUCGCGAAAUUGGCGAAUCAGGUGACGAUAGGGUCGACGAUGGUGGGGUUGGUGGAGGGAAUGAUGUACGCGCACAAGGCGGGGUUGGAUGUAGGGUUGUACCUGGAGGCGAUUUCCACCGGCGCGGCCGGUUCCAAGUCGCUGGAAUUGUACGGAAAGAGGAUCUUGAAGAGGGAUUUGGAAGCCGGGUUUUUUGUGAACCACUUUGUUAAAGAUUUGGGGAUUUGUCUGAAGGAGUGUCAGAAUAUGGGCAUUGCUUUGCCUGGUUUGGCUCUGGCUCAACAGCUUUAUUUGUCGCUUAAGGCUCAUGGUGAAGGAAAUUUGGGUACUCAGGCUCUUAUUUUGGUCCUGGAACGACUCAACAAUGUUUCUCUUGCUCCCUCCAAUGCCUGA